CAGGAGCUGAUCCCAAAUGAAUGCUGUGCGUUAUGGUCGCGUACCGAAGCGUUCACGUGAGCUGAACGGUGCAGCAGCAGCAGCAGUCGCCGCAACUGCCUCAGCAGCCAGCGGCGCGCCUCUGAAUGUGGAUGAAACCAGUGCCAAUAAUUUGCAUACAAAUCUAAUACAACAGCAGCAGCAGCAUCAACAACAGCAGCAACAGCAGCAGCCGCAUGCGAGCAGCGUGCGCGUAAAUACCCCAAGUACACCACAAACGCCACAAAUGUGUUCGAUAGCCUCGUCGCCAUCGGAGCUGGGCGGUUGCAAUAGUAGUGCCAACAACAACAACAAUAACAACAACAGCAGCAGCAGCAACAACAACAGCAGCAGUAAUGCAACAGCUGUAGUGGUGGGCAGCCAUCAUCAGCAAUUGGUUAACAUGGGCAGCAGCAGCGAUAUGGCCAUGACCCAGGUGGGCGUGGGCAUGUGCCAUCCCUCGAUCGAUCAUCACGACGGCCUCGCCGGCACAGCCAACGAGCUGACUGUCUACGAUGUGAUCAUGUGCGUCUCGCAGGCGCAUCGACUCAACUGCUCCUACACCGAGGAGCUGACACGUGAACUGAUGCGGCGACCCGUCACAGUGCCCCAGAACGGCAUUGUCACCACCGUGGCCGAGAGUCUGGAGUUCCAAAAGAUUUGGCUGUGGCAACAGUUCUCGGCGCGCGUGACGCCCGGCGUGCAGCGCAUUGUGGAGUUCGCUAAACGCGUACCUGGCUUCUGUGAUUUCACCCAGGACGACCAACUGAUACUCAUCAAGCUGGGCUUCUUCGAGGUGUGGCUAACCCAUGUCGCGCGCUUGAUCAACGAUACGACGCUGACGCUGGACGACGGCGCCUAUCUGACACGACAGCAGCUCGAGAUACUCUACGAUUCGGACUUUGUGAACGCCCUGCUGAACUUUGCCAACACACUGAACGCCUAUGGGCUGAGCGACACAGAGAUUGGUCUCUUCUCGGCCAUGGUGCUGCUGGCAUCGGAUCGGGCGGGCCUCAGCGAGCCCAAGGUAAUCGCAAGGGCGCGCGAGCUGGUGGCCGAGGCGCUGCGUGUGCAGAUACUCAGAUCGAGGGCCGGGUCGACGCAGGCGCUGCAGCUGAUGCCGGCGCUGGAGGCUAAAAUACCGGAGCUGCGCUCGCUGGGCGCCAAGCACUUCUCACACUUAGACUGGCUGCGAAUGAACUGGACCAAGCUGCGUCUGCCGCCGCUCUUUGCCGAAAUCUUCGACAUACCCAAGGCGGACGACGAGCUGUAGAAGUUGGAGCAACGGCUCUGUGAACUGUACGUUUAGGUUAUAUAAUAUAGGCGUUAAACGA